UUAAAAUCUUUAAUUUUCAUUUUUCAAAUAAUGGCUGAAUAAACUUAAGAUAAAUAAUUCAAAGGUGUCAAAAAGUUUACCUACAGAGGCUUAUAACUCGAAGAGCUUGUUAAAUUGCCCAUGGAUAAGUUGGUUGAAUAAUUCAGAGCAAGAUAAAGAAGAAGAAUUUCUAAUUAAGGUGAAAAAGUUCACGCUUUCUAAAACUUAAUGAAGAAAGUAGAGAAUACAAUUAAUUUGUAUAGAUUCGUAAAUCCAAGAAGGAGACAUUACCAGGAGAGAAACCCAAACCAGUUAAGACUCAUUAAAGAAACACUAUUGUUGUCCCAGAAAUGGUUGGCUCAAUCGUAGGUGUGUAUAAUGGAAGAUAAUUCAGCAACGUAGAAAUUAAGUUUGACAUGAUUGGAAGGUACUAAUGAAUUGCAAACAUUACAUUAGAUAUUUGGGUGAAUUUUCAUUGACAUAUAAACCAACAAGACACGGAAAGCCAGGUGUUGGUGCCACAAAGGGAUCUUAACAUACAGAUUGAUGUUAUAUAAUAUAAGUACAAUAUAAAUUGCAAAUUAAUG